GUUUAUCAUAUUUUAAAGAUUGAAAACGGAAAAUUCAUGUUUGUUUUUUUUUUGUUUUUUUUUUUUUGUUUUUUUUUUGUUUUGUUUUUUUUUUCAACUUUGCCAUAUAAAGGGAGAUAACUGAAAUAAUGUAUUUUUUAUAAAGGAAUGUGUUAUGAAUUCACGUAUUUGGUUUAGUAGCAAGAAAACGAGUCCCGUGUCCUCAAUUUUUCUUUUUAUUUUCUGAAAGCACAUUAUAAGAUCUAUCUUCUUAUAUUUUAUUUUCGAAUUCUAUGGUUUAGGUUUCUUUUUAUCACUCAAACGUUUGGACUCUAUCAACAAUCUAUUCAAAAUCUGACAAUUUUGUAUAACCUGUAGCUUGAAAAAAGGCCCGGUGACCCUUACUUUUUAUUGAAAAAAAAAACAUGAUAUAAUGUACAUUUUGGCAAAUUAUUAAAAAACUAUAUGGAUUUUAAUUUAGACCUCCAUCUAACUUUAUAAAAACAAUUGGCAGUUGUGGUUUGGUGUAGCGUGUUUUUAUUGAACAUAUUUAUAAAUACAGUCUUCUUUUAUUUCAUUGUUCAGUAUAUUUAAAGUCAAAUAUCUGUAAAACGAUCCGUAUAAUUACUACAUUUGUAGUUGUGAUCCAAUUCAUGUUGUAACGCGAAAGAAGGAAGUAGAUUUUAUUGAAAGAAAAUACUGAUUUCCGGAAAUAAGCUGACGAUGAGAGAUUAGUAAGUACCGUCCACAAGGAUCGGAUUGAUUACUGCAUCUUAUAAUUGUUUUCCUUAAUAGAUAACCAUCACAUCAUCGAAGAACCAAAGCUGAAAACAUGAAAUGAAAUGGUGAUCUUAUUUAUACUAAUAGCAAUACAGCUCUUGGUGUAUCAAGUUCUUGGUUGUGUGGAGACGUUUCCAGUACAAAUCAAGUCUAAUACAGUUUGUUCAAACCAAACAAGGACGUGUACCGAGUCAUGUGUACACAAUCAGCUGUUUUACGAUGGCAAUUCUACAAAAACAUACGAAUGUAUUGAUGAUGAUAUUUGGUCUCCCCCGGUUCCAGGAAACGGUUGUCUAGAUCGAACACCAGCCACAUUCUGGAUGAGGUUUGAAGUAGAUUACAAGACGACUGGAAUAGCCUUGUACUGUCUUGAUGCUCAUAGGCAAGCCUUGGAGGAUAACCGUGUCACCUUAGAGAAACAAGUAUCAUACUAUUGCAACAACCCAGUCGUCAGUGUAGGGGAUAUCUCCAUCAACAGGACCGUGUCACGUACAAGCAGUUUUGUUAUAACAACUGUAUUCUACAUAGAGAUCGGAGAUACUUUUACAACAGAAUCAAACAAAGAUGCAUGUUCCCUGCUUUUACAGUUAAACGUUAAUUCUCAGAACCUGUUGGUUUAUGGUAGCACUCUUGUGUGCAGCACUGGUACAUCCAACAUUAACAAGACUUCUGCCAGUGUGAACUCCGAUAUGAGCAGCUGUCCAGAGUUACAUGUACUUGUAGUGGACAACAAUGGAGUUGACUACUGUGUUGUUGACACACCUGUAAUUGGAGUGGAAUCCUUUACAUAUACUGCAAAUAUUAGCCAGGAUGUUACUCUAUAUUGUGAGCUGCUGUUCGGAACUCAAGUUACCGGUCUGUAUUGGCAGCAAGACAACCAAAACUUGACAGCUGCUUCAUUCAGUGAUAAAUACAGUAGUGCUACGAAAGAAAUUCCUAGUUUAACCAUUCGGAAUGUUACCUAUGAUGAUGCUGGGACAUAUUCGUGUCAUGCUGUAAACUAUGUUGGAACUGGUAGCAGUCCGGAUAUACAAUUAAAUGUGAUAGCAAGAGUAGAAGAUAUUCCUGAUGUGUAUAUUCUUGAACCUAAGUACUAUGUCACUGCUGGAAAUAAUGUCACAAUUAACUGCUCUGUUUCUGCUUUCCCAUCUGUACAUGAGGUUAAAUGGACAAGAAAUGUUUCUGGAGUGAUUGAAUUUAUUUCAUCCGAUUACCAAGAAUUCCAGGGAAGUACUACAACAUCACCUUCAUUGACUAUUCUGUUUGCUGAUUUAUCAGAUGGUGGAAUAUACAUUUGUAUGGCUACUAAUGCUGCAGGCACUGGAAGGAGUUCACCUACAUCGCUGCAUGUUUUAGGAGAUAAACCAACUGUACAGAUCCCCGAGGAAUCAUAUACACCAAUACUAGGUAAUAAUGUUACCAUCAAAUGUAACUACAGUUCCGAUCCGCCAGCGACCAGUAUACAAUGGAAUUACAAUGUUUCAGGAAACUUCAUUGAUAUCAACUUAGAUAAGGAUAAAUAUUCUGGGAGUACAACAAUAGAACCAUCGCUAUCGAUCUUCAAUAUAAGUUUUGAUGACACUGGACAAUACCAAUGCACAGUUCGUAAUUAUCUUGGGACAGGAUACAGUUCUCCUGUUGCCGUGCAAGUUUUUGGAGAUCCACCAACUGUUGAUGGUUCACCAUACUUUUAUUCAACUAUACUUGGAACUAAUCUAACAAUGAAAUGUAACGUUAGUGGAAUACCAGCGCCACUGUCUGUUUCUUGGCUGCGCAAUGAAACUUCAGGAAUGACGUCUAUUCAGUCUAAUAGCGGAAAGUAUGACGGAGGAAUCCUGACUUCGACAUCACUUACAAUAUAUAAUGUUGCGGACACAGAUGAAGGCUGGUAUACAUGUUUUGCUACAAACUUGGCGGGAAGUAGCUACAGCGAACCAGUUUACCUCAAUGUUUCAGGAGAUGAGCCGCAUGUCACUAUAGGAGCACAAGAAUACACUGUGAUUUAUGGUAGCAAUGUUACUAUGGGGUGUUUCAUCUCAUCUCAUCCAACCUUUUUAUCAGUCCUUUGGCAACAUAACACGUCUGGAUCCCUGACCGAUAUCGAUACUGAUGAACAAAGAGUAACUGGUGGAACCAUUAUGCAGCCAUCUUUAACUUUAACACGUGUUAACUUUACACACCAAGGGUUAUAUCGGUGUCGUUCAACGAACCAAGUCGGGACUGGCUUCAGCAACUUUACAACUUUGACAGUCAUAGGAGAUAUUCCAAACAUCAAUGUGCUAAGUUAUUCCUACAACGUUAUCGUCACAAGUAAUAUCACAAUUGCAUGUAAUGUUAGCGCGACACCAGAUGUUACAAGUAUCAAGUGGCAGAAAGGUUCAACCAAUGAAACAACAGAUAUGGUAAUUGAUCAUGUGAAAUACAGUGGUGGAACUGUUGAUAUUCCUUCACUAACUAUUUGGCAUUUGGAAAAUGGAGAUGAAGGCUGGUACACUUGCACUGCAGAAAAUUUAGUUGGUAUUGGAACUAGUGAUCAAAUUUAUAUCAAUGUUACCGGAGACAUUCCCAUGGUAACAAUACCACGGAAUUCAUACGACGUCAUUCUUGGAGAGAAUGUAACAAUUGGGUGCGAGAUUAGUUCGCAUCCACCAUCAACAAAGGUUUCGUGGCAACGUAAAGUAACAGGAGAAUUUACACCAAUAAUCAUAGACAGAGUGAGGUUCAGUGGUAGUAGCGUAGCCAACCCAUCUUUAACAAUUAGCUUUGUAACAUUUGAAGAUGACGGAGAAUACAUCUGUGUUGUUGAUAACUUUGUUGGUGAAGGUGAAAGCAAUUCAUCGAUCCUAUUAGUUAUUGGAGAUCCACCUACUGUAUCUGUCAGUUCAACACUAUAUGACGCAAUAGAAGACGACAAUGUUACCUUGCAGUGUAAUACUUCUGGCGUUCCGGAUGUUCAGUCCGUAUCUUGGCAUUUAAACCUUACAGCUAAUAAUCAUAUUCAGACCAUGAUAAGAUACCAAACUGCAUUUGAACCGUCUUUAACUAUUUUAAGCGUAGCAUUGAAUGAUGCAGGCUUGUAUACAUGCACAGCAACAAACUUAGCUGGGACAACUCGCGGAGUACCAAUACAAUUAAAUGUUGACGAAAAAUGUACGAAAUAUGUUCCAGAUGUCAGUUAUUCUGUCAUAGAUUGUACGUUUACCAAUAAUACCGGUACUUGUGAAAUCAACUGUGACAGUGGCUUUAUGUUCAGAGAUGGUAGUGACAGCAAAAUAUACCAAUGCACUGGAAGAAAUCAAUGGGUCCCACCUCUACCUAUGCCAACAUGUCUAGAAACAGCGCCUUCUACUUACGUUCUUGUCGUGAACAUAAAAUACAGAACAUCUGGUAUUGCAUUGUUCUGCAAGACGGCACACAAUCAAGCCAUUAGUAAUAGUUAUGAUGCAAUCAUUCAGCAGAUUUCUUUUUAUUGUAAUAACCAGUUCGUAUCAGUUGGACCAAUAGCAGUCAACAGCACUAAUUCAACGACGUCUAGUUUUGAUAUCACAACAACAUAUUUCAUUGUUGUUGGAGACUCUUCAACACCAAAGACAACAACUGAUGCAUGUGGGCUGUUGAUAGAAAACAAUAUUAAGGACAGUCUCUUCUUCGUCUAUGGCAGUAGCUUACAAUGUGACAAAGAAGCAUCUGCCAUCACAAAAACAGACGGCAUUGUUGUGAGCAAAGAGUCAAAGUGUCCUGAUGGCUUUUCACUCAUUGAUGAAACAAAUAUAUGCAUAUCAGAAAUUCCACAAGUGGGUAGCACUGACACGCAGUACACAAGUGAAGUUGGAAGCAACGUGACAUUGUAUUGUGAUAUUAAAUCUAAUCUUCCUAUUAGCUCCAUCUACUGGCUAUUUACUCCAUAUGGCAAAACCGAUCAAGUAGCCAUUCAGACUAAUGACAGUCGGUACACAGGAGGUACAACGCAGGAAGCUUCCUUGACCAUCAAAGAUGUUGAUUUUGAUGAUAUCGGAUUGUACAAAUGUUCCGCCAUAAAUGAAGUCGGAGUUGGGAGUGGACCAAAUAUGAUGUUAUCUGUCAUCACAACAGUUCAAGAUUUACCCAUUGUAGAAGUAUUGAAAAUCUCAUAUGCUGUAAUACUUGGUAAUAAUGUCACAUUAGAUUGUAGCAUUAAGUCAGACCUUUUAGUGUCGAAUGUUAAAUGGCAAAAGAAAGUUGGAAACCAGUUUGUAGACAUAAUCAUUGAUAGUCAAAAUUAUCAUGGCAGUACAGUUUCUAAUCCAAAUUUAGUUAUGACUGGUGUCCGGUUUAGUGACAGAGGUGGAUAUAUAUGCACAGCAACAAGUUUCGCCGGAACAGGAAGUAGUAAUAUUUCAAUACUAUCUGUGAAUGGAGAUUUACCAGUUGUGAGUGUCGGUUUACGAUAUUAUACAGUACAGUUUGGUAGUAACAUAAUGUUACAAUGUAUGAUAUAUGGUGUUCCGACAGUCACAGAAGUAAUAUGGUACCGUAAUGAUAGUGGAAAUCUAAAGAAAAUUGAUGUUAUGACUCCAGAUUACAGUGGUUCGUUACCUAAUAUGCCCUCGCUUACAAUAAUUGUGGCAAAAAGUAUAGAUGAAGGAUGGUACACAUGCACAGGUACCAAUCUGGCUGGAACAACAUCUAGUGCUCCUAUCUAUCUAAAUGUAACAGCAAAUAAACCUGUUAUUACCAAUUCACAAGAUAGGUACGAUGUCAUAGCAGGAUAUACUGUUAAACUUCAGUGUUCAGUAUUUGCCUAUCCGCCUGUUAUAACUUCAACUUGGACAAGAAAUUCAACUGGUACAUUCAGAAACGUUGUCACUGAUGGACACAAAUUUCAAAUAAGUGGUAACUCCACGUUCUCCUUGCAAAUAAAUACAGUGGAUUUGAGUGAUAAUGGAGUAUACGUGUGUCAAUCAACAAAUGAUGCUGGUACUACAGUCGGAGCACCCAUAGUACUACAUGUUAUUGGAGGAACUCCAACAGUUCGGAUUGAUCCAACCUUUUCGGUCCUUUACGGUGAAAACGUUACCUUGGAAUGUAAAAUAACUUCAGUGCCAAAUCUUACCGCUGUUUCAUGGAAAACUGAUGCCUCUGGAUCUUUACAAGACAUCGAUCCUUUACAUGCGAAGUACAAUGGAGGAACAAUAGUUAAACCAUCACUGACGUUAUUGAAUAUUAACUUUGAGGAUGAUGGCAAAUACGUUUGUAUGGGGACAAAUUUACUUGGUACUGGAAGUAAUAUUACUACCCUAACGGUCACUGGAGGUGUUCCUAGCGUGUAUGUAUCGUCAACUGUAUACCAUGUAACAAUCGCCGAUAACAUAACAUUGAACUGUAAUGCGUCUAGUUCCCCAGAUGUUAUCUCGAUAUCAUGGGAAAAAAAUAGAACAGGAUUGUCGAAUAGAUUGUACAGUGGAGGAACAUUGUCUCAACACUCACUGACACUGUACAAUCUUGAAGCAAUUGAUGGUGGUUGGUAUGUUUGUACGGCGACAAACUUGGUUGGUACAGGAAAAAGUUACCCUAUUUACCUGAAUGUCACAGGAGAAGAAGUUUGCGCCCCUAGUGUAUUUCCCAUGAUCAGUAACGGUGAUGUGACAUGUAGCGACAACUCUUUUCUUUUGUGCAUUGUGUCAUGUGAUAGUGGAUAUGUUACAAGAGAUGGUAAUUUAACAGUGAACUUCCGUUGUGAAAAUAAUGUUUGGAGUCCACCCCUGCCACCAAAGGGAUGUUUAGCAUAUGUUUUACCCCUAACAGAAUACAGGCUUCAAGUGAGGUACAAUUUCAGUGCUAUUGCGAAAUAUUGCCUAACAAGUCACGAGCAAAUAUUGGAAAACUUAAAAUCUGCUUUUGGGCAAGAGGCUACGAAUGUGUGUCACAAUAAUAUCUUUAAUACUGGUAUUAUGUUGGAAAUAGCUGACAUACAAUCACAAACAUCUGGAUUUACAAUAGACACUGUUUUCACAGUUCGAACACGGUUUAAUACCGUUGGUAAAGCGGACAGAGAUUUAUGCAGAAUUCUGCUUGAAAAUAGAGUUACAGCACUGUCAUUAUUUACAUAUACUAGUACACUUAACUGCGGCUCGGCCACCAGUACUGUAGGUCAGAGAUCUGGGUCCCUGUUGUCAUCGAUGGAUAUAUGCUCUAGUGGUACGACAGCUGUUUCCACACAGCCAGAAAUAUACUGCGUUUCUGAUGUACCAAGUGUUGUUAUUCUAAAACCAUCUUACAUCGUCGAAAAUGAAGAUUCUGUUACCAUAGAAUGUAUCGUUGAAUCAACUAUUGAAAUAGAUAAUGUUUACUGGAUACACAAUUCAUCAGGGGAGAUAAAAACUAUAUAUGGAAAUAGUACUGAUGACAAGUAUAGCGGAAGUUCGCCGAAAGUCCCAUCUUUGACUAUUACCUCUUCAGACUUUUCAGAUGAAGGACUGUAUACAUGCAUAGCUGUCAAUGAUAUUGGUCCAGGUUCAAGUGCUGCAGUCUUUGUAGAUAUUGUUGAAAAAAUUAGAGAUUUACCCUUGAUAACUAGUACCAGUACGACACUGCAAUACAUAUCAGGUAGUAAAGUAAAACUGGAAUGCCCUGUAGCUGAGAAAAGCUAUGCAUCAAUUGUUUAUUGGCAGUUUGUUAAGACUGGACAGUUAGAGAUUUUGCAACCCUUUAGCUUCACAGAUCGGUAUAGUGGAAGCACAGCAAAUUCACCAUCUUUGACCAUCCACGAUGCGACAGUAGGUGACAGUGGCAGUUAUACCUGCUUUGCUGUCAAUAUUCUUGGUGUUGGAAGAGGCCAUCCAAUAGAACUUGUUGUUAAAGAAUUAGGUUUUUCUGGUGAGCCGGGAACAGGCCAGUCAACAAGUGAAACUAAUACUCUAUCUUGUGUAAAAACAUUUAGCUUUUUGUUAAUGUUUGCAUUCAUCGGUAUAGUGCUGUUAACAGCCUGUUCCAUCAUAAUAUGCACUUUUGUACCGGACAGAGUUAGCUCUUUUAUUCGUAACGUCAGACAGUGGAAAAUCUCAGAGAAAAUUUUCAUCAUAGCCAUAGAGAUCUUCCUGUCAGUUGUAACAUCAUGUGCCCUUGCUGGAAUAGUGACUGUUACCAAGUGUGCAGAUGACGUUACAGGAGCUACAGUAGGAUUAACAGGAGUGGCGCUUAUUCCUGGAAUAGUGAUGUCUGCCUUAUAUUUAGCGUUUUGUUGUUAUAUACAAACAAAACGAAUCAAUAAAAUUGGCAACAAAAGUAAUUCUGGUGGCAUGAUUGCAAGCACUAGUCCAGUUCCAGAAGAACACUUUCAAGUUAAAUCAUGGCGUCCUUACGAGACUUCUGAUCAGCCAUUGUUUCAAACAGAAAACGAAGAGGUCAGUAAAACGCCGUAUCAAGGAGAAGAACUGAAUAUGUAUGCAUCGACAUUCAAAAGUGUGCCUCUCAUUUCUAAGCCAUCUGGAAUGGGUACACCCGGAAGACAGUCAUUACCCCCUAUAGGGUAUACAGAAUAUGCAGAAGUGAAAAAGAAAAGACGAAGAAGGAAGAAAAAGAAACCAAAGAAAGAAUCGUUUGAUGCUAUGGACGAUUCACAUGAUGAAUUCUGAAAAUAUAUAUCGGAGUCAUGAAUAUUAGACACUUUAUCAAAAACUUAAAGUGUGACACAAAAUGAAGCAAUUAGUAUUUAAAAUAUUUUCAUACUUACCUUGUGCGCUAUGACAAUCUAUAUAAUGGACAUUAAAUAAUGGAACAGAGAUAUUUUAAUUAAUCUUGAAGAACAGCACUGGAAUGCCACCAUAAUGUUUGUCUUUAUUUGAGAUUUGUUUAUUUUUAUUUGUAUUAUUUGAUGCUACUGUCCUUGUAUUUAACACGCCAGGUUAAGAUUUCAAGUAUUUGACAACCCUUUCCUAACGGUGUGGUAAAUUUCAAAGUUUUGAAUUCAUGCUUGAGUUUGUUCGAUUCCCUCACCUGUUCAACGCCUAACAAAAUAAGAAAACCGUAUUCAAAAUGUGUAAGUUAAACCUUUUCAAAUAACAAUCAAUUAUUUUAAAUCGUGAUUAUUGGUUUAUAAAUACUUUAAAUUUGUCAAUUUUCUUGAAGCUAUGUUCUCCUUACUUGCAAAUAGUGACAACAAGGACAUUUAAUCAAUUAUUAACCUAAGUGUUUCCUUAUAAACUAUUUAAGAAAAGUUUGAUGAUGUAUGUAGCAAAUCGCUCAAUUUAUCUAUAUUUAUACAUAAAUGACAUAUUAGGGCAAGCCUGGUUUGUCAAUCGGGUUCUUUUUUCAGGGGAUGCAUAUAUUUAUGCUUUUUAGAUUUCCAUUUCACUAUAUAUUUAAUUUCGAAUUGUGGUCUACCAAGCACUGUUAUUACUAUUUGCGAUUAUGAUUUUCUGUCUUUUUUAAUGAUGGGGAAAUUAUUGCAACAUCGAUCGCAGUUCUGUGGUUUUAGUUUAUGCUUUUUUUUCUCACUAAUCAAGGGUCUACUAUCGGAACUUUAAAGACUACAUGGUCGAUACCUCUGCUGGUGGACUAUCAGUCCCCAAGGGUAUCAUCAGCUCAGUAGUCAGUACUUCGGUACUGACAUGAUUUAUACAUUGUUAUAACAAACUUUUCUAAAAUUGUCCGUUUAUAAAUUUUGAAAUUAUAAUGAAACUAAGGUUUCAACUCCCUCAGGCAAAGUUGACCUUAGAUGGAAUUGGCUAUUUGUUUUAGGUAUUUUUGUCAUAUAGCUCUUCAACUGUUUCGGUACUUAUACAUCCCUCGGAUUUCAAAUGUUUGGCUUUGAGCGUUCCUGAUGAAGGUAAAUCCAGAAAAGCGCUUCGGACGCAUGAAAUAAUUAAACGUGUUGUUUUCAAUUUUGUACCUAACUUAGUAAUGCUAUUUUUUACAUAAUGGACUGUUUCAGGAGAAGUUUGUGUUAUUAUAUAUAUUUUAGAAGUGUUCACCAAAUUGUUGUUGAAGUUAAUAUUAGACAGAACAGUAUAAUUCAAACCAGUGACAAAACAUUUUUCAAACUUUUGAUCAAUACUAAUGAAAUUUACCAAAUUAGUUAUCGACAUUUUGAAACGGUAAAUUUCUUCCGUCCAUUCAAUUAGGUUAUAUUUCUUUUAUUCCGUCCAUGUGAUUUUUUUUCGAUGAUGUUUUAAUAUCUUUUUAUUCUAUUUUUCAGAUAUUAGCAUUUGUAGCUUUAUUCCGGUUUUGUGAUUAUUAAAAAACAUUUUAUAA